UUCAACGACGGAUGAUUGUUGCAAGAAACGAACAAGAAGAAGGAGACGGCUUGGACCCCUGACGUUAUCAGAUCAGAUUGGAGUUCCUCGUUGGCUUCAUGAGAAGAAACUUUUCUUGUGUAGUUCCCUUUUGACUGAAUUCGGUACUUAUUUCUGAGCACAGGGAUUCCAUCUCCUUCAUCUCCGUCAGUGAUAUAUUCUAAACACAUCAAAGGCUUUCAAGUUUGUUGUUAUUAUUGCGCUUUCACGUUGUUUGGUUCUCCUUUAAAUUCCACCGGUUAUUCAAUCUGUUAAGUCCUGCCAUACGGCCUCCGAGUAUGAAGAGGUAGACGGAAGGACGGACUGAUUUGGUGAGGCCAUUCAGGAUGAAAAUCUUCGUUUCUCAGGUUCUCGCCCUCUUGUUUCCCUUGAUCACUCAAAUCUCGACAAAUCCACAAUCAGUCACUGAUGGACAGGAUCCAUACUCGGACCGAAAUAGACCCGAUGAUAAACUACUUGUGGUGGUUAUAGAUGGAUUUAGAUGGGAUUACAUCAGUCGGUUCACUCGGCGGAGUCGACAGGGCUUCCCGGGAUUCGAAGAGUUCAUUCGGGGCGGCGUUCAAAGCGAGUAUCUCAAAUCAGUGUUCCCUGCUGAAUCGUUCCCAUCUUGGCAAACCAUCAGCACGGGCCUGUAUCCGGAGAACCAUGGGAUUCUGGCCAACCAAUUCUAUGAUACCACGGCUCGAGGUCCCAACCAAGCGAAGUUCUUCAAUCACAUUGAUGAGCGAAUGACUGGCGAUGUAAGAUGGUGGCACGAUCCAGAGCCGAUUUGGGCGACCGCACAAAAACAAGGGAAAGACUUUGUCACAUUCCUUUGGAGCAGAUGUGAUGUCAAGUGGGAUGAUGUAAACCCAAUCACGCCAAAGGUGUGUGAAAACGUUUACCACAAGGACAACUCUAAAACCCUUCACAUCAAUCUGGACAUGGCUCUCAUGGAGUUUCAAAUGGGACGAUCGGCAGCGUUGAUUUACGAAGAUAGCUUGGGAAAAGCGGCAGAAUCCUUCGGACCUUUGUCGAAAAAUGUCGAAAUGCAACUAAGGGCUCUUGACAAGAGUAUUCAGAAUUUCCUCGUCCGACUCCGAGAAGUGAGAAUGGAUCAGAUCGUAAACGUGGUCAUCUUGUCCGACCAUGGGAUGACCUACGGGUCUAACCCAAUCCCGAUGCAUCAUCCCCCCUCGUUCCCAUUCAAUACCGUAGAAGUGCGGCAAAUUCGAAUGAGCUACAUCUUAAAAUCAGUUCAACGCCUCAUAAAAGUGACAGUGGGAUCCGGGGCCUACAUGCAGAUCUAUCCUAGGCAGGAGCGCUUCAUUCCCGAGAUCGUCGAGGCUCUCAGGGCCGAGUUGGAUGGCAAGGGUGUGGAUGUAUACACACGUGACGAGAUUCCGGAUCAUCUCCAUUGGAGGGAUAACGUGAACACCCCGCCCAUUUUGAUCUUGGCCAGACCGGGCGUGAUUCUCUUACGAGCCGGCGGAAAUCUUCAACGCCCCGCCUCCAGCCUUCAGUUGAACGGAGGUGGCUAUGAUUCCGCCCGCAUCACGGAGCAAACGCAACAGGGCGUGUCUGGUUACGAUCCAGAGGAAACAGACAUGCGCGGCGUUUUCAUGGCCAGAGGACCAGGUUUCCAUGCAGACGGUCACACUUACGCUCCAAUUGAGUUGGUGGAUGUUUAUCAGAUGUUCUGCUUCUUGCUGAAUAUCGAUCCUCAGUCCAACGAUGGCGUGUGGGAUCGGAUUCGUGCAAUGCUCAGAAAUUCUUCCGCUCCAACCAAUGCCAACUGGUCCAUUUUACUCGCUGCUCUUUGGAUACUUCUGAAGAUGUGAAUCCGUUGGCAACACUCUCGCAAUUCUUCUUCCAUCAUCAUCAGCAUCAACAUCAUCAGCAUCCACUUCAGCCAAUUCGAAUACAACUGCUUCAGUACUACUCCAAUCUCCGGUUUUCCGAAAAAGUAAUAAUAAAAAAAGUGGGUCAGGAUGUAGUUCCCUUUCGUCAAAUUUGGCCGGGAACCCACUUCAAGAAUCAAGAGGGUGCUAUCUAAACAAAAAUCUUCUCUCUGUCUCUCUUUGUCUCUUUGUCUCUUCCGAUUCUUCCCAUCAGCAUCAUCCUCAUCAUCCUCAUCUUCAGCUAAGGUUUUCAUUGACUUCAUCCAUGGCUUUCAUAAGUAAAACUUUGGCUUUCGUUCUGGCCCCCACUAGCCAUCGUCCUGGUCUUGCCAAAAUAAUUUUGGUUGUGACGCUAAGGUACUUGGAACAACUUGGAAACGCAAAAACUCAAAAACUAAUGGAAACUUUUGUAACUACAAACAGAAAUGGAAGCCUUUGCGGCUCAAAUCUCGACAAUGGAAGACGAAACAAACCAUGUGAUUGGGAUUUUGCAUGACUGCUUAUCCCUCAUGGAAUCUCAUCUCAUGAGUGUAUCUACAUUUAGAUAUAUUUGUAAAUUGUGAACUUUUACCCUAAAGUGUGAUUGUGAUCAACCCUUAAACGUCAAGAUUGCGCGACAACAGGUGUAAGUUAAGUCGUUGGCGCGAAUCCUGUUCCACUUUGUGGGAAAAAAAAUUAGUCAAACUAAUAGGGCAUCUGUCCAUUGUGAAUGAAAUGUUGGAAGAGCGAUACGAAAAAGAACGACUUAAAAUAGAUUUGAAUGGUUCUAUGAUCCCUGUUUUCAUAUUCCAUCAUGUUUUCUGCUCCAAGUGUUAGAGCAACCUCGCUUUAAUCAUACCCUUUUAUAACGUGCCCAUUUGAUUUUUUUUCAUUGCAUCCAAAUAACUCGUUUCUUUACUAAGUAGUAGGAUACAUAUUGUUGUCUAUAAAGGGUCAUCCUUGAAUGUUACUCCAUCGAUGAUUGUUUCAAUAAUGUGAGUCUACAUGCAUUAUUCCAAACAUAUUUCCACCUCAGCAGUCUUUUUCCCAUUUGUCAUAAUUGUAUUCGUAUCAACUUACUUAAAACCUCCACAUCAACUAUAUCAUUACAGAAACCACGGAAUAAAACUUAAUAGCAAAUCAAACAUCAUCGCGAAAGUUUCAAUAUUCAUGACAACGUAACCAAGGAGUUGAUAUGCUCGAUAACUAAUACUAAAAACUUGGUCCUUCAGAGAGUUAUCCAUCGG